AUACUAUCAGCUCUGCCUCCUUUCCCUUUGCUUCAACGAUGAARGCAGAGGAGACAAUCGAGUUAGACCUGCGGAUGUGCUAUAUAAUCGUUUGUUAGACCUGAGACAUUUUAGUGUCAGUGCGCAGCCUGGUACSCUUCCUGCUCUGCAGUGGAGUAUAUAUAUUUUUCUUCGGAACACAAUUGGGUAUUUUUCACUGCUCAAAGGGAACCAGAGCAAGCUAGAGUGGCAGACGAGUCGGCCCACUGCAGCGUGAAUCACCGCAGACUCGCCCUAUCGCCGAUUUUUGCGGUCGUUUCUCUGUGGACGUGCGCAUCCCCUCGGAGACAGAAAGCAGAGGGGAGGGAAGGGACGGGAACCGACUCGGUGUUCGACUCUCUGUCGCAGCCCGAGGCGCGCUGCUAGGCAGAGCAUGCUAAAGAAUGAGCCAAAGGGACACGCUGGUUCAUUUGUUCGCCGGAGGAUGUGGUGGUACUGUAGGCGCCAUUUUGACUUGUCCCCUGGAAGUGGUCAAAACCAGGUUGCAGUCGUCUUCCAUCACACUGUACAUCUCUGAAGUCCAGCUCAGCACCGUUAAUGGAACCAGCGUCGCCCGUGUUUCUCCACCGGGACCCCUGCAUUGUCUCAAGCUGAUCUUGGAGAAAGAAGGUCCUCGCUCGCUGUUCAGAGGACUUGGCCCCAACCUUGUGGGAGUGGCACCUUCCAGGGCAAUCUACUUCGGAGCCUAUUCAACAGCCAAGGAGAAGCUGAAUGGCGUUCUGGAGCCAGACUCGACCCAGGUGCACAUGUUGUCCGCCGGGAUGGCAGGUACUGAUGGCUCCCUCUCUCCUGCCCUUCGGUCCGUCUGUCACCGUCUGUUUUUAUCUGCCUGUUUGACCGUCUGCCAGGCUGCCUGGGCAGUUUUGUCUCACCGAUGGGUUUCAUUCAGAAAAAGUAUUAAGACAGUAUUCUAUGUGUCUUCAUUAAGACGACCUUAAUCUCUUUUUUAAUUUGUUUUUUCGUUUGUUUUUUAUGACUCAUUGUCAUCGUUUAUAGUAUUCCAGGCACAACCCCUCCCUGAAGCAUGGUAAAAGCUAAAUGAUAUUGUCUGUUAUAAGAAGACAUUAUCUAGCUGUUUCAUGUGUCAAAAAUAUCUACUAAUUAUGCACAGUAAUUGGUCUAUCAGAAAGCACAAUUUAAUACUCUAAGGAUCAAACUGACCUUAAUAAAAAGUUUGCAUGUAUUGGCUUGAAAACUAAUMACUACUUUACAUUUCACUGCUAUGCUGUUAUAUUUGAGAGUUGUGGAACGUCCUUAAAAUCAAACUCAUAGUGAAAUAUAUUUUCUGAUUAUAUGAUAUUGUCUCUUAAUGGUGGCUUUGCUGUGAACACAGAGCUGAGGAGAAAUGUCCUCUAAGCAGCAGUCGGACUUUCAUUGAAUUGAACCUCAUGAGUUAAAAAUUUCUGACUUUAACAUACUUCUUUAGUGCCUUGCAAAAGUUUCCAUACCGCUUUAGCUUUUUCGCUUUUUGUUGUGUUAAAACCACAAACUUUAAUGUUUUACUGGGCUUUUAUAUUACASACCAACAAAAAAUAUCACAUAAUUGUGAAGUGAAAGGAAAAKGAUUCAUGGUUGUGCACAUACAAAUCUGAAAAGUUGGCCAUUCAUAUGUCUUCAGCCCCCUUUACUCUGAUUUUGCUAAGUAAAGUGCAGUGCGAGUGACUACCCUCAGCUAAUAGUUUUGGGGAAUGCAGCAUAAAAAAAAACAAAGUAACACACCAAACAGAGGUAAAGUUAUGAUAUUGAAAACAAAUAUCAGUGUAAAAUAGUUUUAAAUGUCUCUCAAAACACUGUUUAGUCCAGCAUCUGAAAAUAAAAUGGCACACUCGCAAUUCUACCAAGACGUGUUUAUUUCACUUUAAUUGACAAACCCUCGAAGGAGGAGUUGCAGAGAAUCUGUUUACGGGACAUCUGCUCGUUGUUGAUUCUGAAAAUCUGUCCUGUAUGUAACAGUCUUAAAAACAAAUCUAUUAUUCAUUGGAGAAGUUCGUAGGAGCUCCCGGCUCCUCAUUCAUGCCGACUCACAUUUUUGUCUUCCUGCUUGUUUUACUUCGCAUCGUCCUUCCUGUCAAGGACACUCACAAAGGCAAACAGAUACUCCUGUUUUGCAGAAUAAUAUCAUUCUGCUCACCAAUGCAAAGGAAUUUCCUGCACACGUUUACCGUUUACAGCCUGGUUUCAGUAG